UGAUAUCCAAAUGCACCCAGCAUCGCUUCCACUUAGGGACAGCUUCGAACCCAACUACCUACUUUGCCUGCCCACCAUGCUCAUAGUCGUAUGCUUAGAUCACCAACAUCAUGCUUCAAUAUGCGAUACCACCAGCCUUCAAAGACAAAUUGGAGAUCGUUACUACUCACGACCAGCGAUCGGACGACGAGAUCUUUGAAUCUCUACGCCGCCACGUACCUGUUGUAGGCGAGAAGAACGUAUGGUCCUACUGGGAUGGCGGAUUUGAUCAACUACCAUCGUGGUGUAGGCGCAACGUGAUUGAUUGGGUUCGCAUCUGCGGUCCAGACUGGACUGUCCGCGUUCUUGACAACGUCCCAGGAUUGCCCAAUCAUGCCUUGGAGUUCGCACCAAAGGAGAUGCUUCCCAAAUGCUUUAUCGAGGGUACCAUGACUGGGAAGCAUGUCGGGCAACAUUCAUCUGACAUGAUCACUGGGGCGUUGUUGUACACCUACGGCGGUGUAAAGAUGGAUGUUGGAUGCAUUCUUCUCCGUGACUUUAAUCGUGGUUUGUGGUCUGUCUUGGAGGAUCCUGAGUCACCAUACGAGAUCGCCGCGCCAAUUCAAUUUGCGCAGUAUUUGGCGAAUCACUUUCUCGCGUCGAGAAAGGCCAACACGUUUAUCAAAAGAUGGCAUGACCUUUUCAUUCAUCUUUGGGAAGACCGUGAAACUAGUGAGGGCAUAAACACCCAUCCACUGUUAAGCCAACAAGGGCUCAAGUGGGACUUCAAGGUCUCUUUUGAGGAGCUCCUAGAUUAUGUCUCCCGGAAUGCGUGCUGGGCACGAGUGUGUAUGGUUGAGGAGAGCGAUGACGAUUCUUUCAAUGCAUCUGAGUACUGGAUGUCGCAUGUCCUCGCCAUCGACGUGCUACAAGAGCACUGGGCGGCGAAGACUCUCAUCGGUGGUGAGAACUUCGGGGAGCAUCUCUAUGAGUUGUUAGCGCUCCGUCUUGACACUGACCCACAAUCAGAGCGACACAAAGAAGCCUCGAAGUUGGUCAUGCAAAAGAUAUCCCGAGGCUCAGGUCUCGUGAACUCUCUACAACCUGGAAGUGUAUGGGAUAAUAAACCAGGCACAGAUUGCCAACCAGGCACAUUUGGAGGCUUGUUGCGGUAUGGUGCGAUAAAUUUCACUCAGAAACGACAGAAACCUGCGGUGAGAAAGCCAGAGAAAGCAAAGACGAUAUUGCGAAAGGGGCUUCUUGAGCCUUGA